AUGGAAUUGAUAUUAGUACUCAAGCAGCACUACAUGGCGCGACCACCACUUCGUCUGCUUAUGCACCUACAUCCGCUAAGGCGCCUACUAGUAAUUGGCAACUUCUACAUACCGACCAGCGACAUACCAUCGAUCAAGCCGACUACUCUGCUUCCACAGCCUCCCAAGCAGGCUACCAGAAUGCAGAAAGUAAGCCAGACUCUACUCUUGCAGACCACUCGCAAACUACCAAGAAAGUGCAAGGAGUGCCUGGCUAUCGGAGUUUUGACAGCGGUGACAAUGAUUGGCAAAUCGUCUGCCACUCCACUUAUGCGAACAAGCUAGCAGCAAAAGGCUGGCUUAUUGUCUAGGGCCAACACUCACGAUACCUUUUCGAUACCUAGACUCCAUCGCUCUUUUUGUCAAUUUUCUUAGAGCAUUUGGCCAUUCUUCUAUUACAUUUUCUCAGUCCUUGUUGGGAGCAAGUAAGUAAUACCAGCGUCAAUAGUUUUCUUUCUCACGUCGUCUCUCAUUCUGUGAAGUUAGCUUGUCCGUCGCAUCCUCACUAGUAUCGGCUCUGAUAUAUGAUCUAUGUACUCUCUGCCAGUUACUCUUACCACUACUCCUCAAUCAAUCGCGUUCCUUAGCAGUCCACUUUUAUGCAUUUAGCGACACACGCCACGCUAUACAACAGCAGGCAGGAAAGGCGGAAACUGUACGACAACAAAGCACAGCUUAAAUUUUAACAAUACCAGCCCACGACUAUACUCAGUACAGUCCUACACUUACUAAG